AUGAUUAAUCAGCUACCUGAAGGUGUAUUAUCUGAGAUCCUCGUCAGGUUGCCCGUCAAAUCAUUACUUCAAUUCAGUUGCGUUUGUAAGAAAUGGUGUGCUCUGAUCAAGAGCCCUUAUUUUGCAGAUAUGCAUCUCAACCAUGCCAAAGACUACAAUGAUCACCGUGUCGUUCUCAUCAAGCGGUUCAUCAAGGAUGGAAAGAAAACCGUCUUGUCGUUCCAUUCUCAUCAUAAUGGAGGAGAAGAAGAUGAAACUCUCCGUGUUGUGGCCCCUAAUUUAGAGCUACCUUGGUGGGAUCGUUACUGGGUCGGCCUGAUCGGAGCCUGCAAUGGCAUCGUUUGCAUCUCGGAUUUCUACGACAUUUAUCUAUGCAAUCCUGCCAGGCAUGAACUCCUCAAACUCCCUGUUCGCCCUUUUGUUUAUCCCGAUGGUUGUUCAAAAGGCUCUGUGUUUACAACAAACGGUCUGGCUUUCGGGUUCGAUCCACCUUCUGGAGAUUAUAAGGUUCUUAGGAUAAUCAGUUUCUCUGCGGGCUCUUUUUGCCUCCCUUCAGUGACAGCUGAAAUAUACAAUCUCAGCACAAAUUCCUGGAGAAAUCUCGAUGCUGACUUACCAAAAAUCGAACACCCACACCCAUGUUUCCCCGCACUAAUUCAUGGAUCCUAUCAUUGGUGUGCUGCCAGCACGAAAUCACGGCUCAGCGUGUCUAGGAUGAUCCUUUCUUUCAACAUAUGCACCGAGGCAUUUGGGCAGAUGGAAUUUCCUUGCUAUAUAGCAGACGACACAAGGCCCAGCCUUGUUGUCUUAGAUGAUUCCCUUGCCUUUAUCUCGUUCAAAAACCCUUACCCGCAACGGCUCCCAUCAAUCUAUGAGCAGUUCAUUGAUAUCUGGGUGAUGGUGGAAUAUGGCAUCAAAGAGUCCUGGAUGAAGAAAUUUUCCUUAGGACCUCUCGUAGGAAUGAAUGGGCCAUUGAUUCACCAGCCAUUAUGUUCUUGGAAUAAUGAUAAGCUUCUGCUACAAAGCGAGGAUGGGUACUUGAUUUCUUGCUCUCUCAAGAAUCACAGCCAGGAAACCAGGAAAUUUGACAUCUGCGGGCAGAGAGAUACGCUGAAGGUCAUAAUAUAUCAAGAAAGUUUGGUUUCUCUUAGCAAAAGACAUGAAGGUUUAUCUUGGUGGAAGAUUUAA